AUGCAAUUUCCAUUAUUAAAAUAUGAUUGGAGUGGCUAACCCCCAAAUAACUUUGUAAAUUAUCAAUAGAAUAUUCCUGAUAUCAAGAAUACCAACUACAAUAAUCAUAUAACUGAAGUAGAGUUAGGAAAUUCAGAAAAAUACUAAUUAGGAGAAGAAGACUCUCAAACUAGAGCAAAUGGUCACUGGACAUAAUAAGAACAUUUAUAGUAUUUAGAGUUUGUGAGGAAUCACGAAUCCAUCUUAAAGUCAAAAUACGACAAAAAAUCUAAGAAAAUUUUCAAACUCAUGAGUUAAUUCAUACCGACAAGAACAGCCACUUAAUGCAGGUCACAUCACUAAAAGUUUAAUCCUCUAAAUAAAGGGAAGAAGAAAUUAAAACAGGUCUUCCGAUAGAUCCCUACAGUGAUUCUUCCACAAAGUUGA